GGCUGACAGCUGAGACGUUAGACGCACGGCCGAGACUCGACGAUGAUUCAUCCCGUCUCUCGAUAAGCAGUGUGGUGCAUCCGUUGACUCGCGUGUUUCUAGCGUUGUUCGCCACGACGCGAUUCGUCACGAUUCGUGUCGAUUUUCCUUUCUUCUGCUUAAUCAUGUUAUCAUCUCGUUAAUCCGACUGACGCGUUGCUGACGCGAAUGUCACGCAUUCGCAUGAUGAUCUCGCUACGUUCGCGUGCAUCGGAAUGCAUUUCAUAGGAUUGUGUGCAGCUUGCCUCUUUUACUCACAUACUCGCUGUUUGAAUUCGCCUCGAUAUAGCAUAUUCAAUAGCAGGAUAUAGUGAGCACAAUUGUUGUGCAAGUGUCACACUAUACUUUUAUGUUGACAGCUUUUGAUGGUUUGCAUUGGUUUGUAUUUUCAGUAUAGUUGAGCAGUCAAUUUGUAGCACAAGUAGUUUCUGCUGGUUAGAGAAAAUUAACUUGGAAUGUGGAUGUAAAUGUGGCACUUGUGGACAAGACGGUCAACAACACUGUGACAUGCAUCUACAUGCAGAGAUAGAGAACUUGCGUCAGCGUUUAUUAGAGAGAGAUAACCAUAUUGUAACAAUGGAGACACAAUUUUUAAAUGAGGCUGAUAAGUUUCCAAACGGUGAAUUGGCUUCCAUGAAAGAGGAGCUGAUGAUAUGGCAAGAGAAAUAUGCACGUCUACAUGAGGCUCACAAGAGGGUUCAGAAGGUCAAUCAGAAUCUCGAGGACAAGCUGCUACGCAUUGUGGACAAGUGUGAGACGGAGAAGGGUGCCUUCACAAAGGACAUUGCGACUUUAUCUCAUAGAUUAGCAGAUGCGAAUUUUACAAUUCAUCGAUUAACUCAAGAUAAUGAAAAAUAUAGAAACGAUGUCAGUUUGGCUAUCCAAUUGCUGCAAUGCAAACCUUCCAACUUUGUAGGUCAGAAAUACGACUCGCUGCCGUCCGAGGUGCAGGCGAAGGUGCGCACAUACGUCGCACAGAAACGAUGUUCCACAGCGGAUGUCGCACAGGCGGAUGUGAAAAGCAUCACCGUGCCGAUCUCCACGUUUCCACCGACGGCGAUGGUAUACAACAUCACUAAGCCGACGGUGGAGAAGCACAGCGACGACGAUGACGGCGACGAGUGUAAGCCGCCGGUGGACAUCGUGUCGGCCGCUAUCAUGGCGAAGGUACUGGAGGAUCGCGAGAAGGAGAGGAUCCUCGCGAAGCACUGCGACACGUGCACCUGCCACAGGAGCAUCCUCAUAGUGGACGCGGAGACGCAGACGUGCCUGCCGAGCGCAUCUACCUCCACCGGUGAACAACAGACGCCCCGCAAUGUCGAGAAGUACGUGUCGGAGACGCUGAACGGCGAGAAGCAUCAAAGCAUGGAGAAACUCCCUCUGAGUUCCGCGGUCUCGCACACGGUCUUCUAUGAGAUCAAUGAGAAUGUCGUGAACGGCGAGAAGACACGCCAUCAUAUAAACGGCGACUGUACCACGACCUAUGCUACGCAAGCUACGCAAGCGACGUGCAUCAAGGACAAGUUCAUUAGCAGGAACGGUAGGAACGCUCAGGACUGCUCAACGGAACAGAAUUGCGUCACGAAGGCCAGCCUGAACAAGAAGAAUUCGUCUCAGGGUCACGAAAGCAAACGUUCGCCGUCGUUUUCGCGGCUGAAUGAUCUCAAUAGGAUAAACGUCGACAAAGCCAAGCCUCUCAGGGCUAAUAAUAAGAAGUGCGAGCAACCCUCGGUUGAUAAUAAGUCUACUGCGAGAUGUUGGAACAAGAGCGAGAAGAGUACUCUCGAUCAUCUCGAUAUCAGCCCGACGCUCGCCGACAAUCGGCUCUCUGACAAGCCACAGACGCAUAUCGACAUCAUCAACGACAGACUGUGGAAGAACGAAUGGACGAAGUGGAAGUCCGAGAUGAGUACAAAGGACAAUAAGUACAAGGCGAGUCGCGGCGUCGAGCUCGACAUCAUCAACGACCGCGAUUGGAAGAACGAUCGGUCGGAACGGAACGCCGCGCAGUUCACAUUAAUCGAGGUGAAGAGCCCGGACAAUAGCGCGAGCAACAACGACGGUAGCCAGACUGAAGUGGCGACCAGUCCGAGCUUCAGUAGCGACAGCAUGGUGAUCUCCAGCUCCGAUCCGUCCAGCAGCUGCAGCGACGUCACGCAAUCGCUGACUGGCGUUGGUGGCGGCACGCACGUGGUCUUUAACAACAUGAAAUCUGUCGGCUCGAGUCAAGGUCGUGUCAUCGGGCCGAGGAACUGCUUGGUGCGUGUCACGCCUGGCUCCAAGAAUAUCUUGCUGGAUAACGCAGGCCAUUAUAAGACCGUACUGUACAGCAGCACUGUAGGCGGCAAGACUAACACCGCUCUGGUGCAUGCAAAGAAGGCAUCUCGGGCUGGUUCGGAGCGUUCAACCUCGACCAGCAGCGAGGACAACAACUCGCCGGUGCUGUUGCAGGACAAUCAGUUGCAGCGGGUGGCCGAGUGGGUACAGUCGUCGUUAUGCGUCGACAAUUUAACGACGCAUGACAGCAAUAAAACCAAGUGCGGGGAGAACGCCAUGAACGAGAAGUGCGGCUUGUCGAAGAACAAGUCUUCGGAGCAAGACGGUGGUCUGACUCGCACUGUUCGGGACGUGUCGAAGAAAUCGCCGAAGAAUAUCAAGGGUUACUGCGAGGUGGAGAACGGAUCUGUUAGUCCUCCCUUGCUGGGCAUGGAGUGCAUGGAAGUAGACAAGAGCGAAAAUCUCAUAACGUUCGAGAUGUUGGACGAGCAGUCGUCGAAGGACUCUCGCAAGAUUAACCUGGACUACGAAGUGAAGAUCACGAAGGAGAUGGAGGAGACGUAUUUGAAGCUGGCGGCGAGCUUGGACCCGGUGACGCUGAGCCUGUCGAGUUCCAAGAACGCCGAGCUGACGAUCGAGAAGUACCGAAAGGAUCACAAGAAGCUUCAUCAUGUACAGAGAGUCCAGGACAAGGCGGGAUCAAAAGCUUAAUAUAUCUCAGCGAGAUACUCUUCGAUGACAAUUGACUAUAUCAGCAGGGAGUUCCUUUAAAGAUAACAGAGCGUUAUUUUUUGUAACUAUAUUACACGUAAGGCUGUACCAAGAGACGAGUAGCUUUUAGGGUGACAGAGAGAAAGAGAGAGAGAGAAAGAGAGAGAGAGAGAGAGAGAGAGAGAGAGAGAGAGAGAGAGUCCUACGCGCCGCUGCGCGUUCUUGGUUCUGUUCCGUUUGCAUUCGCGAGCGAGAUCCGCGGGUCGGUCGCCAGUCGCGAUCCAAGUCUAAGCAAGAUGAAGCUUGUUUGAAAUCAAGUGCAACACGGUAGUCUUAGUGCAAUGUCAAUUAUGUAAUUUAUAAUCGAGAAACUCCGCGGCAAAGCAUAAGUCGCACGAAAACUGCCAUUGUUUUUCAGUCACGGUCGUGAUUCUUAUCGGCAAUAUUCUUUCUUCGCGCAAACUGUGAUGGCCGGGAAUAUAUUCAAAGCAACAGAAUAUCGAAUCUCGAUGUUAAUUGAUUUGCAUUACGCCACGUUUAUUCGCCUUUAAGAAUUCCGUCUAUGUGUUGUUAGCACGAUUAGUCAUUUUUAUGAUAUGCUUGAAUAUCAUUUUCCGAACUCGCGUCGCUCGAGAAUUGUAUACACUUGUUUGCGAAACGGUUUGAAUGAACAGAUUUUUUUUGUGAAGUUAGAAGCACAUCAGAUAGUCACAAUUGCGACAGAUCACGAUUUUCACGUAAUAAUCGGUUAUAAACUGAAGAUAAAGUAACAGUAUACAGUGCAAACAUUGGCCCUUUAUUCUCAGUAAACCAAUUGACAGUGAUAUUACAUCAACAUUAUAAUUUUUCAUUCAGCAGUAUAUAAGUGCGAUUCAACAUAUGCAGUGCAUGUGUUGGCUGGAUUCGUAUCUUUUUUUUGACAAAUUAGAGUACAAUAAAGAUAUCAGAUUAGUGUAAAAGAUUUGUCAUUUUCUCGUUGGAUGUCUAAAAAAAUACCAAAUUGCUGUUAUUCAUUUUAUUUGUAAAAGUGACUAAUCCUUCGAAAUUGGAUUUUAUUUUCGGUUUUACUUGACAAGCACGACAUAAUCUUUUGCGCCAAUCUAAUACUUAUCUUUUUUUCACAAAUUCUCCUUUGAAAUUGGAUGACAUUGUUGUUCCUUUGACUCCUGUUACAACGGAUUACCGAGCAGGCUCAUAUAUAAGUAUACACUGAGAAGAAAAUAUUUAAAAAUUUACUCGUGAGAUAUAAAGUUCAUUUGCAGAAAUAAACUUUAUAUUUCACAAGCCAAUUUUUAAGUAUUUCUUUCUCAGUGUAGCGACUCGCAUUAGUCAUUUGAUGUAUCGGAAGAAGUGUGUCCGUUUCGCAAACGAGUGUAUAUUGAGGGGAGGGAGGGAGGGAGGGAGGGAGGGAGCGCAGAUGGAUGUGUUAAUUUAUUUUAUCUGAUAUUAUCACGCGUGUAAAAUAUUGGAUCGAUAUUACUGCUUAUCGAGGUACGCCGUGUUGCGCAUUAGAACCCAACAGACGCGCGCCAAUCCUACUUGUGCGAGGAUUCGCGCGCGCACUGAACGCAGUGAGGUAUAUUUGAAUGUACAUUCAGUUGAGCGAUUUUCGGAAAAAAAUAUAAAUGAACAAUAUAUAUAUAUAUAUAUAUAUAUAUAUAUAUAUAUA